AUCCCUUUGUUGACGACCGGCCGCAUACACAAAAGACCAGCUGAUUCUUUGUUGUUGCUUGCCGUGUUUUACGCCGCAACGCUUAUUAUCAGUUCUGCAUCCAAUCGAACUAGAUAUACAGUGCAACAAAAUGGCACAAAAUGUGCCCUUUUCCAAGCAAAUGCGCUUAGCGACGAGAGAAAUUCACAGCGUUAGUGAUGCACUGGUUAACGCGAAGCUAGCGUUCGCUCUCUACGACAAUCGCGUAUGGGCCGAAGGUUUGCUGAUUUUCUACGACAUCUUCAAACAUCUCGAGCAGCACGUCCCGCACGAUUUUCUGCCCCCGGAAAUACAUCGAACGGCACAGUUUGAACAAGAUCUACGCUUCUACCUUGGUGACGGAUGGCUCGAUCGUCACAUUCCAAAGCCUGAGGUGCGUGCUUAUCUGAAUCAUCUGCAGGAAAUCGAACGGGAAAAUGCAAACCUACUGCUGGCGUUCGUGUACCAUCUCUACAUGGGUCUGCUGUCCGGGGGUCAAAUAUUGCAGAAGCGCCGUUCACUGGGACGUCGGAUAAAUCCAUUCCGCGGUGCGGAUGAAGGAACGGUUGAAGGUGCGGCCCUAACCACGUUCGAGGAUCACAGUAUAUACGAGCUGAAGCAACGUUUGCGCAAGAUAGUGGACGAGUUCGGAGCCCGGAUAGACGACGAAACGCGUCAGCGCAUGUUGGACGAAAGCCGAAAAGUGUUCGAGCUUAACAACACCAUCAUCCGGACGGUGAAGGGCGUCGGUUCGGCAAACGUGCGUACCGUGCUGUACGUCGGUAUGGCCAUUGCUGCAAUCAUUAUGGCGCAAUACAUUUUCCGGUACAACGUGAACAGCAAACAAGACCGUUGAGUACGGGGUACGUGAUGGUAGUUGUAGAAAUUAAUUAUUAACAAAAUAACAGGCAUCGUUUCGGGCUUUGGAAAAAACAAACACGCGUUGGGAUUCAUUUUUCUUUCCGAAUAAUAUUUUUCUUCUAAUAUAGCGCUACCACCGGCUGGCCGGUACGCUUAGGAAUUAUAACAUCGAAAUAGACUCUAGCAAAGGUACCGGUCCGGACGGUGCGUGCGGUACCCACCCUUUUGCAGUUUUUGCCACCACUCACACAUAUGCCUAACCCCGAAGUAAUAGCACCCAAAAAACAUUUGCGAUUAUUUUAAUAAUAUCGAACCCACGCUCCUAGCAGGUGGUCACAGUACGGUGCAGAGGAUUACUGCUUGCUUUUACAAAGCACCCUUCGCCCCGUACACGGAUCCAGAAAUCUCUUUCAAUUGCUCUUUUAUUACUUUAAGUUUUUUCAGCCUCGACAUGGACAUUAGUUCCGUGCUCAUUGUGGUGGUGAUGGUCCAAACAAAUCGCUUUUCACCAAAGAAUGUAGGAUAAAUACUGCACAAAACACUGCAUUGUUGUGCCACGUUUAAUUUGAGCUUGUUUUCCCAUUUCAGUGGAGCAAACCUAACCACCCUUUUUAACGAGAGCAAAAGGGAUAUCCUUAAGCACAGAAUAUCAGGUAUGUGUGGGAGAUGGUAUGGUAUAAAUAUGCAACACACAGUAGUGGGGCAAAUGUACAAAAAACAAACCGGAAAGCGAACACCAGUUAGGGGCUUCCGCUUUACAAAACUGGAGCACGUGUUAGCCUAUGAAAUCGGGAUCCUGUGCAAUUUGUGCCGGCAAAGCUAUCAUGCCCUGCCCAGUAUCGUUGGUCUAAGUGGGAUUCUACACGUACCCUCAGAGUAGCACACGUUUCACACGCGCUCCAGCAACAGCUUUUCUCAUCCCCAAUUUGCCUAUAAAUCUAGUCCGUGUAUAAUAAUAGUAAGUGUGUUUCUCCCGUUCCGCUCCAUUUUUUUUCUCUUCUGGUGUAAAUAUCCCGUAGCUAAAGUAUCACAUUUCUAAUCAAAUCUUUCGUCAGUUUAGUUCAAUUCAUCUCGGCGUGCAACGUGCAACAGCGGGAAGGCAUGCUGUUUUUGAAAUCUACACACGAGACACACGGGCUAGGUGGGAGAGAUAUCGAUCGGGACAUGCGGGACACUUCUCGCUUAGCCUAAAUUCUUAGCCUACUCCUAACAGUGUCAUAGAUGAUAAAUGUAUAUUGAGUUUAACUGCUCCAUUACGUCCUAUAUUGCAACAAAACAAAGUGUUCCCACCGAUCUCUGCUUCUCUCCCAGCGCGGCCCGGUGACUCUGGUGGUUGUUUCAAGGCUAGCCGAUAAUAGUUCCUGGUUGUCUGAUCAUCGCCCGCCCUGCAGUCCUCGCUUCUUAGCUUACGUUCUGUUUUGUUUUUGUUUGAGCUGAUCGUUAAACGAUUCGGUUAGAUAUAUCUGCCUGUUUUCUUUUUGAGCUACACAAAACACCUACGCUAAGUUUAACAGAAACAAUUCAGGGGAAACAUGUACGACACCCGGUGAGGUUCUGUAACAUGUACAAACAAAAACUCGGACACACGCGCGGGUUAGAAAAGUCGGUAAAGUGUGCGACAGGAAAGGAUGAGAUUUUCGUGCUCAAUUCUUGCGGAAGGUGUUUCCCUUUCUUUUUGUUGGUCGGAUUUUUAAGGCAGCGUGUGCGUACUUCUCCGAGAAGCUGACCGUCCAGCCGACGACUCGACGUUAAGCAAAUACUUUCUUGUUCUCCUUCUGAUCUUCUGCUUCUAUGGAAUGAUGGGAUGAUGAAGGAAUGAUCGCGAUUUUCUCCAGUCCCUGCUAGAGAUUAAAAUCAAGUAUUAUGAGUAAUCCCGACACCGAAGCACGUGGCAGGACGGUCAUGCUGGCUAGCGCCUGGCUCACUUCAGCAAACCCAUCACCCAGCCAGCAUCACCAUCCGCGGCUACCAACGGUGUCUGGUCACUAACGAUCUCGCUCGCGACUUAGUAAGUGGGUGUGUGUGUGUGUAGUCGAGGGGAAGGAAGCUUCAACAGAUUGACAGAUUGAAGUGAACCUACAGGAAAGGCACGGUAGCUUCCUACGCUUUCCUGGUGGUGCGAUGGUUGUGGUGCUCCCUCAGUACGGCAGUUAGUUCGUUGCUGUGUGUUGCUAGUUUUGAGUUGUAUCAUAUCCUGGUUUUGUUCUUGCUCUCCCCGUCCUCCUCCUCCUCCUCCUC